CAUUCAUUCAUUCCUUGCAACAGCAUGCAGCAACAACCAAGCUAAAGCAAGCAAAGGCCAAGCUGAGCCAAGUUAAGUCAUAAGGUAAGCCAAGGAAGAAAAAGAAAGAAAGACACAAUGAGAUCAGGUGGUUCAGGCAGCGGUAAAUCCGGAGGCUCAGGAUCGUCAGCCCAUGAUCCUCCAUCGUCUGAAGAUUUGUACGAAGAUAUUGCGAAUGCUACAGUACUGGACGCGUAGGUACUGGUACUGGUACUGGUAACGAUGCUACCGGUAGAAUGCACGACAGCAGCAGCAGUCGAUUCCCCGAUUGGAUGUCUGAAGACCAGCAGUUCCUCAAGGGGGAAAUGAUGGGUCCAACCGAUUCCAUGCUGGAGCCCUUGCCCGUCGUAGUGCCUGUACCGGUUCCCACGGAAAACAACCCUCCCAGUCCUAGCAGUGCUUGUCAACCCGUUCCAUCACCACCAUCAGCAGCAGCAGCAGCAGCAGCAGCAUCCGCUACCCCAGCCGCUGCUUCAGCUCCUGGCACGGACACCAUUGUGGCCACCAACGCUCAGUUGGCCCCAUCAGUAGUCCCCAUUCCUGAAACGGAUGUUGAAAUCCCUGAAACUCACAGUGGAAGAAAUCAGGAACAUCCGGAAUCCAUUCAAGAACAGGCAGAGGAAUCCAACGGAGGAGGAGCUUCCGAUUCACUUUUGAAACAAUGCCUUCCUGAUACUGGAACCACAGGUGGAAAACUUCUCUGUUUGGCCAUUGUUUUGGCUUUAUCAGGAGUGGCGGUCACGGCCAUUUUGUGCACCAGUGGCAUCUGCACUUCCUCUUCCUCUUCCUCUACUACAGAUUCCAUUCAAGAGGAUACAACGUCAGCACCCGUCAUCAUCACCAAUGCACCCCUCAUUUCAACACCAGUCCCCACGGAGAUGCCUGUCAAUGAACCUACGAGCAGUACUCCGCAACCAACAACUGCAGAGGACACAACAACAGCCAGUCCAUCAUCCAUGUCACAAACAGAAACGGAACUUCCAGUACCUGUCAUGGUCAAUGCCACGGACAAUUUGCUGAUGACUGCAAACGAAACGGAGACCGAGGUUCCCGCCAUCAGCUAUUACCAGAUCGAAGCAACAACCGAUAGCAACACGAACGGAACAAGUCAACCCACCAAUGAUGCAACGACUGUACAGCCAACGAAGCAACCGACCAUUCGACCCGUAACUCCAGCUCCUUCCACGCCAAGUCCCACCACCAAACCGCCAUCCAAUCCUCCCACGUUACCACCAACUACGCCCAAUCCCACAACACGACAACCAACACCCAAUCCUACAAAUGAACCAACAACACCGAGUCCUACGACACGACAACCCACGACAUUGAGACCCACCAAUGAACCAACGCAGCAACCCACGACAUCGAGUCCAACAUUGAGACCUACUAAUCGACCCACUCCACGACCACUUCCUCCACCAACCACAGGACCACCAAGUCCAAGCCCUACGAAUCGUCCCACUACCAAUCGACCAACGCGUCGUCCCACUACCAAUCGUCCCACACCACAACCCACAGAAGCAACAUUGAAUAGUGUACAACUUUUUGACAGGACAUUUCUCGUGAAUGAAAUUACCGAAUUGGAUUUAUCCAAUUUGGAUCUUGCUGGAACCAUCCCGACCGCCAUUGCCAGGCUUUCUUCUAAAUUGACCGCAUUGAACUUGUAUGACAAUCACCUCACUGGGCCCAUCCCCAGUGAGAUUGGUUUACUGACGGCAUUGACUCUGCUCAAUCUCGGGGUCAACGAUUUGACGGGCGGCAUCAUUCCGGAACUAGCCCAAUUGACGCGUCUGGAGAAUUUGGGUUUGGUCCAGAACGAAUUGGUGGGACCUCCCAUUCCCAUGGGUGCUGCUGCAGCCUGGCGCCGUUUGACCAGUUUGACGUUGGGUUUCAACCAAUUGUCAUCGAGCUUGGCCACAGAGGUGGGACAACUGACGGCGCUAAAAGUGUUGAGUUUGGCUCGCAAUCAAAUCACCGGUACGGUUCCGUCCGAGAUGGGACAUCUCAUGUCCAUGACGUCGUUGGCGCUCUGGGACAACGAACUCUCUGGGACGGUUCCGACGGAGCUUUCGACCAUGUCCAAUUUGAAUUGAUUGAGCUUGUAUGGCAAUCCUCAAUUGACUGGAUCUGUCCCUGGUGGUGUUUGUGACCUGGCUCAAUUGACCUCGUUGAGGAUUGAUUGUCAAGUGGAAUGUACUUGUUCUCAGUGUUGGUGUCAGUAAAGCUACAUACGGUAGAUGAAGAACCACUUUGAUGAAGCUGCAUCCACCCUGGACCCUGGGCUACCUACAUGUCUGUACCGUUAGCGACAUCUAAACUUUUACUUUAGUAACCUUCCUGCCUUCUUGGGAUGGUAAAAUCAUUAGAGAUAGGGUGUGCAUUGUUGGC